AUGUAUAACUCAAUCUACGGGUCCCCCUUCCCUAAAAUAAAUCCGAAGGUCCGCUACAAAACUGCUCUAGAAAGAGCAGGGUUUGACACUAAGCCGCGUAAUCCGUUCAGUAGUCAGAGGAAUGCUUCCACUGGAAGUUUACAAGCUUCCGUGAAGUCGCCGCCAAUAACCCGUCAAAGAAAUGUAUCUGCCGCCCCAUCUGUUCCGGUCACGAUGAAGAGUGCGUAUACGGCGUCUUCAAAGAGUGCUUAUUCAUCUGUAAAGGGCGAGUCUGACAUUUAUCCGCCUCCCGUAUUGGAGAAUAGCGAGAGGCGGAGUGUAACUCCUCCAAAGAAUAGCAAUUUUACGUCUUCGAGACCCAGUGACAUAUCUCGUUCUAUUUCCAGGCCCAGCGAGCGUGCUUCGCAAGAGGAUCCCUUCCGUUUUGAACGCGACUUAGACCGUCAGGCGGAACAAUAUGCUGCCUCUAGGCAUACAUGUAAAUCACCUGCUAACAAGGAAUUCCAAGCCGCAGAUAACUUCCCCUUCAACUUCGAACAAGAAGAUGCUGGUAAUACUGAAAGGGAACAAGAUUUGAGCCCUAUUGAAAGAAGUUUCAUGAUGCUGACUCAAAAUGACACUGCAAGCGUUGUAAAUUCUAUGAACCAAACCGAUAACAGAGGUGUGCUCGACCAAAAACUCGGAAAAGAACAGCAAAAAGAGGAAAGUUCAAUCGAAUAUGAAAGUGAAGGACAGCAGGAGGAUGAGAAUGAUAUUGAAAGCCUAAAUUUUGAACCAGAUCCUAAACUACAGAUGAAUCUUGAAAAUGAACCACUUCAAGAUGAUUUUCCAGAAGCAAAACAAGAGGAAAAGAAUACAGAACCUAAAAUUCCGGAAAUUAAUGUUACGAGGGAAAGUAAUACACCAUCUUUAACCAUGAACGCACUAGACUCUAAAAUAUAUCCUGAUGAUAACUUUUCUGGCCUGGAAUCUUCAAAGGAACAGAAAUCACCUGGUGUGUCAUCAUCGUCAACAAAAGUUGAAGAUUUAAGUCUUGAUGGGUUAAAUGAGAAACGUCUUUCAAUAACUUCUUCAGAAAACGUGGAAACACCAUACACUGCUACGAACCUCCAAGUCGAACAAUUGAUUGCUCAAUUAGACGAUGUUUCCCUAUCUAGAAAUGCAAAGCUCGAUAUGAACGGCAAUUGCCUCAACGCAGUGGACAGAAAGGCUUCUAGAUUCAAAAAGUCAAGCGCAUAUUUAUCUGGGUAUCCCAGCAUGGAUAUACCCGUAACGCAGCAAACAUCAAUUGUGCAAAACAGCAAUACGAACUUAUCCAGACAAACUAUUCUGGUAGAUAAAGGCGAUGUCGAUGAAGACGCGCCAUCUGAAUCUACAACUAAUGGUGGCACACCCAUUUUUUACAAGUUUAAACAGUCGAACGUAGAAUACUCCAAUAAUGAAGGGAUGGGUUCGCAAGAAACUUUCAGAACGAAACUUCCCACAAUUGAAGCACUACAACUGCAGCAUAAGCGCAACAUAACAGAUCUGAGAGAAGAAAUUGAUAAUUCCAAAUCUAAUGACUCUCAUGUAUUACCUAACGGCGGCACUACGAGAUACAGCUCUGAUGCAGAUUAUAAAGAAACGGAGCCCAUUGAGUUUAAAUAUCCGCCUGGGGAGGGACCUUGCAGAGCAUGCGGCUUGGAAGUCACAGGGAAAAGAAUGUUUUCCAAAAAGGAAAACGAACUGUCGGGUCAAUGGCAUCGUGAAUGUUUUAAAUGCAUUGAAUGUGGUAUCAAAUUCAAUAAACAUGUUCCCUGUUAUAUUCUAGGCGAUGAACCAUAUUGUCAAAAGCACUAUCACGAGGAGAAUCACAGUAUUUGUAAGGUUUGUUCAAAUUUCAUAGAGGGUGAAUGUCUGGAAAAUGAUAAGGUGGAACGAUUCCACGUGGAUUGUCUAAACUGUUUCUUAUGCAAGACUGCCAUUACUAAUGAUUAUUAUAUAUUCAAUGGGGAAAUUCCAUUGUGCGGUAAUCACGACAUGGAAGCUCUCUUGAAGGAAGGUAUCGACAAUGCUACAUCAAGCAAUGAUAAGAACAAUACUCUCUCUAAAAGGAGAACGAGGCUCAUCAACUUCAACUAG